CCUUCCUAUAAAGUUCUCUAUUUUCGCUCUCCUUCCACUUACUACUACUCCCUCAUACUCUUAUUCUCAGUUUUCAUGGAAAAUAAAUAGACGAAAGAAAGGAAGAAUUUUCUUAGAAAUCUCGAUAAAGUUGAUUUUUCAAGAGAGGAGAGAGGGAAAAAUGGAUAUUGAAGCGGUAAAGUGUGAGUGCUGUGGAUUGAAAGAAGAUUGCACACAGGACUACAUAAGCGAAGUAAAAGCGAAAUUCAACGGAAAAUGGCUAUGUGGUUUGUGUUCAGAAGCCGUAAGAGAUGAAGUUAAAAAACAAUUUGGGAUGGAUGAAGCUCUUAAGGCUCACAUGUCAUUUUGUCGAAAAUAUAAAUCAAAUCCAGCUAUUCGAGUUGCCGAUGGAAUGAGGCAGAUGCUAAGAAGAAGAUCGGGUGACAUGUCAUCAUCUCCAUCUUCAUCAACUACAUCGCACGUAGGAGAUGAAUCAACAUUUUCUUAUUAUUAAUUUUGGCAAAAGGGGUCUGAUCAAGCUUCCUUACCACUCCCCAGUUCGACUCAGGUCUCGAUAUAACAGCCUUCCUAUGGCCAAAUUUUAUCUUGUCUUGUUUGUAUAGAGAUGUUAUUUCAAUGGAGGUUUUGUCUUCGUUUCCUUUUUGUUUUUUAUCUACCAUAUUCACAUAUUUGUGGAAAA